AAAGUUAAAAUGCAAUGCAAUGCAUAUACUGUGGAAAUGUCCUAGCUACUAUGAUGUGUUUUUUUAAUGUGCAACUGACUGGUCACAAAACGAACGGAAGCCUGUUAUCGGUCUAGACUCUGCCCUGCCGUACAACUUCCUAGACAACGUUAGUUGGUUAGCGAAAUGCUUUUAAACUAACGUGGCAUAGGUGUAACGAACUACGCUAGCUAAGUAAAUAACUCGCUACAUUGCGAAAGACAAAAUAUUGUUAAAACGCUCUUGUUAAUGAAACCUUGACUCAAAAUUAGCCAUGUCACUGGCUAGAAAAGAGGGCCCUGAACUGUCAGCUAACAAGCUAACGUUAGCUUGUUGGCUAGCGACACCCCUGUCUAUACUAGGUGUAUUGACUUCUACUUAAACAGCUUGACCUCUAAAGAGUCUUUGGUGACGGUUUUACCGCCCUCUGACCAACGUAUAUUUAGAAGGCAUUUAAGCGUGAAAUGUGUGUUUUAUAGUGUUUUUAACACAACUCCUUGGUUGCAUAAAAUUAUGAAGCAUGCAUUUUAAUACCCUUCUUGGUGAGGGAAUAGCUUCCGUCUCUCUGGAAAAAUGUAUACAUCAUUAGAAGCAGUGAAAAGCAGCAAGCUGAAGUAGCACAGUUUCAGCAAAGGCACACUAAAAAAAAAAAAAAUGUAUUACUUUGUGGGGUACUGAACUGCAUUACCAAAAAACAUUUGAACAAGAGCCUUCUUACAUUGGGAACCUAGUCACUUUUUUAAUAUUGGUGCCUUUCCAUUUGGCAAAUCUAUAGUCCUACAUUUACAUUUUCUUUAGAAAACCUGUCUUCAAGCUUCAAACAGUUCUCCACCAUGCAUUAUGGAUUUUCUUUUCGGAGUGGUUGACUGUCCCCUGGUUAGAAUAUUCUAGGAUUGACAUGUUAUGCUGCAAGGAAUGUAUAGCCUAAAGGUGGAGAGAACACCUGGUGUUUUUCUGGCUAGUUAGGGUCAUUUUAUAAAAUAAAAGAAAUAGCAAGAAACACUGCAGAUGCUCCAAUGUGAGUUUAUUACCAACGUUUCGACAGAUGUCUUCAUCAGGAUAUAAUUGUGCAAGGAACGGUGGAAAGUCACCACAGUGGUAGUCUCCCCAGCAGUGAUGUUGGUAGCUUGAGGCUCAAAGUCCAUCCUAUCUCCCAUGGCUGUUACCACCAUGGACCCAGAGUCUGCCCGCACGCCACAGCCUCAAGGAGGGGGCGCCCUGUUCACUGCCAGGGGUUUGGAAGCGUCGGCCGGUCAUCGAGGGAAGCACUACGCGUGCGGCUCCAUAGCUGCCUUCACCAACAUCAUGGUGACCUUUCCCAUCCAGAAGGUUCUUUUCAGGCAGCAGCUGCAUGGCGUGCUGGCUAGAGAGGCGGUGCACCAGCUCCAACGCGAUGGGAUGAGGAACCUCUACAGAGGACUGCUCCCCCCACUCCUCCAGAAGACCACCACGGUGGCCAUCAUGUUUGGCCUGUACCAGGACUUCUCCCGGGUCUUACUGAACCAGGUGCCCACUGGCAUUCCCGAGCUGGUGACCCGGAGCUUCGCGGCUGCUCUGGCGGGCACGGCGGAGGCCGCCUUGACGCCGUUUGAGCGCGUGCAGACCCUCCUGCAGGACCACCGGCACCACGGCCGCUUCCAGAACACAGCCCACACCUUCCGGACGCUCCUGAGCGAGUACGGUGUGAAGGAGUGCUACCGAGGCCUGGUGCCGGUCUUAAUGCGGAACGGGCCCAGUAACGUGCUGUUCUUCGGGCUCCGCGGGCCCAUCAAGGAGCAGCUGCCCGAGGCCUCGGGCCGCCCGGGUCACCUGGUCAAUGACUUUGUGUGCGGCGGGGUGCUGGGUGCGGCGCUGGGGAUCAUGUUCUACCCGCUGAACGUGGUGAAGUCGCGUGCACAGUCCCAGGUGGGGGGCCCGUUCCGCCCCUGUGGGGAGGUGUUUAUGACCGUGUGGAGAGAGAGGGGCGGCAGCGUCGCCAGGCUGUUCAGAGGGGCCCACCUGAACUACCACCGCUCCUUGCUCUCCUGGGGCAUCAUCAACGCCACAUACGAGCUGCUCCUCAAGGUGUUCUGACACUACGUGGGAGGGAUGGGUAGAAUGGGAGGGGAAUUGUAUGACACAGGAAGUUGUCUGAGGGAAAUGAUUGUCGCAACUGGUGCUGUCUUUUGUGUGUCGUCCUUGGAAACCCGGCUGUGCCCGCCACCCAGAUGAACAGACCAGAAUAGUGUGCGUGGGGUUGGUGGUGACUACGGAUGGCAGAAGAGGAAAUGAGGGUAUUUUAAAGGUGAUGUUGCACUACCGAAAAACUCUGGGAUGAACUGCCUUUCCUGUUCAGAGUCGUAGUAUUGAAGUGAGAGUCACACAUAGACAACGCUGGCGUCUGAAUCAAAUUCAAUGAAAACUUUAUGCAAAAGUUAUUGGAAUUAUUAAAUAAUUUCUUCAUAACUGUAUUAAUUGAAAUGAAAUUGACAAAUUAUUGGGAUCGUGUUUGCACUUUUCCCGUUUUAGGACAACCUGCCGAAAAUUUUACAUCUAUUAGGAUUUACUAUCAUGAUUUGAAAACAUCCUGUAGGAUUUAAUAAUUUUUUUCUCAUGAAAGUCUGGUUAGGGAAAUAUAAUAGAAAUCUUGGUUUGGUUCCUAUAAAAAUCCUGUAAGAAAAGCUUCUAAAGACUGGUUCCUAAACAUUUGAACAUUUCAGUAAGUUAGCAACUGCUCUCAAGUGAUUUCCAGUAAAAAUUCCACAGGAUGUAUCUUCCUAGAAUUCAGCAGGAUGCCAUCUAAGGCUCCUCUGAUGUACAUCUGAAGCUCAUAAACUGCUACAGUGUGGAUUCUAAUCCCACCUACUGCUCUUUCAGCAAAAAACUGUUUUCACUGUUUUCCAGUCAAAUAAAGCAUCAACGUAUCUUCCAAAAGUCCUUUGGGAUGCUUCCAUGUCAUGAUAAAAAAUCCUUAAUGAUUAUCUUGACUAAGGCAUUGGCAGUUUCAUGUGGGUAAGUUUUGACCAAGAGCACUUCUCAAAGAACUUUUCAUUGUGUUGACCUGUGAUUUGGUCUGUGCUUUAUUUGUUCCUUCAAUUCCUCUCCUUUCCAUCGUUUGGUCCUCUGACUGUGAUUUCUGGUAUACUGAUGUUAGUCCCAACUAGUAACCACGUAUGUCAUCUGGGACUAUGCACUGACUGGAUUAGCCAACUGCUAUCAGGUGUUUGUCCUGAAGGUGUUACUUGAAAUUUGACUGGACCGCACAGUGUCCUCGGAAGCAUAAGCAGAAUGACUCAGAACGUGUUGUUUGUUAGCAUUUCUUCACUCAGUUAUCACAUCAUUCAUUGCCAGUCUGAGCAAAUCUUGAAAACGUUGUGUAUAAUCCGGCUACGUAUUCCUGGAGUGCUACUUUAGUUUUUCGUGCCUGUGGGAGUUUUGAGUACCCCUUGGUUUAAGUAUGCGUAAAGUGUAUAUGUUACCCAAUACUUGUCUCAUUCUUGAAGAGAUGGUGGCAGGGACCAGUGAUGUUCCUCAGAUCCAACAGCUACAGCUGUCAAGAAAGAGACCUAUCUGAACACAGCACUGCAGCAAGAUACAUUGUGACUAAUUAUUGAUUUCCACCUCUCACUGUAACUUUUCAAUUACACACUGCUCUCUUCCAUAUUUGUCUCUUUCCAUUCUGAGAAUUAUCUCUUUUCCCCUCCCCCUCUCUCCAUGUCUAGUUCCCUUGGCUCUCUCUCUCUCUCAACUCCCCACUUUUCAUUCUGACUGCUGCAUGCUUGUUCUCCUCUCUGCCCAUAACCCCUGUUGACAUAAUGGGCUCAGAUUUCAAGCUUGAGCAGAGGCAGUCGCCAUUCCGCAGCUCACAGUGGAUAUGACAGGCCAGAUAGUGGAGGCAUGAUACCAGGGGAACAUAACAGGCUGCUGAGAGAGGGAGGGAAAGGAGGAAGAAUGAGAACAACUACUGGAGGGAUUGAAUACAGAAGAAAGCAAAAAAAGAAAGGAAUGGAGAGCAAUGUGGUGCCGCACAAAACCCAAAUCUGCCAUUUUACCAUUUUUGUCUUCUGUAUUUUCAAUUGAAAUAUUAGCACUGAAUGCUAGUUUUCAGUUGGCUUUCUAGCUUUGAUGGUCCAUGUAUAGCUGAAAGGUUCAGGGAUCACUUGAUUUAGUCACAGAUUUCACAUUAUUGUAAUGUUGUCAUGGGCUGACACAGGCCAGCAAAAUAUUCUGCCUGAAUGACUAAGAUAAAUCAUAUACUUAUUUUUGUCAAUUUGUAAGAUGUUUGUUGUGUUAUCCCCCAACUGAAAACAAGUCAUGUUGUUCAAUCAUAAUGUAAUUACUAUUAACUUGGUAGUAGUGCUUAUUCUUUUGUAUGAAAGCACACCCAAAUGUUUUAUAAAGGUGAAGUGCUUAAA